GCCCAGACAGCCUCUCCUCCGCUCUCUCUCUAAAAAGAACCCUAAAACGCCUAGAAGAAAAACAUUCAAAAAAACGCAAAACUUUUCUGUAAUCUCGCACUACGAGCUUUCACUCUCUCUCUAACUCUUAAUUCUUUUCACUUUUUUUCAAUCUCUGGUUCCUCUUCUUUGUCGUAAAUUAGGGUUUUUCAUCAAUAAAGGAGCACAUCUCUUGAAACCAGUCUACCUUGCUGAACUGUUAGUUUCUCUCUCAAGAAUACUUUUUUCCAUUCAGAGUUUUGUUUUGUUUUUUUCAAACGUUUCACCAUGGAUAUGCGAUUCCCUUAUUCACCGGCUGAGGUCGCAAAGGUGAGGGUGGUGCAGUUUGGCAUCCUCAGCCCUGAAGAGAUCAGAAAUAUGUCGGUGGUGGAAAUACAGCACAGUGAGACAAUGGAGAGGGGGAAGCCAAAGCCCAGCGGUCUAAGUGACCCUAGGCUUGGCACCAUUGACCGAAAGAUGAAGUGUGAUACUUGCACAGCAAACAUGGCAGAAUGCCCUGGUCACUUUGGGCAUCUAGAGCUUGCGAAACCCAUGUUUCAUAUUGGCUUUCUCAAGACUGUUCUUAGCAUUAUGCGCUGUGUCUGUUUCAAUUGCUCUCGUAUACUUGCCGAUGAGGAGGACCAUAGAUUCAAACAGGCACUGAAGAUAAGAAACCCUAAAACUAGACUCAAGAAGGUUUUGGAUUGUUGUAAGAACAAAACAAAAUGUGAAGGUGGUGAUGACAUUGAUGAGGACCAAGCUCAAGAUUCGGAGGAGGUGGUGAAGAAGAAGAGACAUGGAGGUUGUGGUGCACAACAGCCAAAAAUAACUAUUGAAGGUAUGAAAAUGGUUGCUGAAUACAAGCUUCCACGCAAGAAAAAUGAUGAACAGGAACAAAUGCUUCCUGAGCCAGUUGAGAGGAAGCAGCAGCUUGCUGCAGAAAAAGUUCUAAAUGUUCUUAAGAGGAUAACUGAUGAAGACUGCCAAUUAUUAGGCUUGAAUCCCAAAUACGCCCGUCCAGAUUGGAUGAUUUUACAAGUUAUGCCGAUCCCUCCUCCUCCUGUGAGACCUUCUGUAAUGAUGGAUACCUCAUCACGGAGUGAGGAUGAUCUUACUCAUCAGCUAGCUAUGGUCAUUAGACACAAUGAGAAUCUUAAACGGCAGGAAAAAAAUGGAGCCCCAGCGCAUAUUAUCUCUGAAUUUGCUCAGCUAUUGCAGUUCCACGUUGCUACAUACUUUGACAAUGAGCUCCCUGGGCAGCCCAGGGCCACACAGCGAUCUGGGCGUCCCAUCAAAUCUAUAUGCAGCAGGUUGAAGGCCAAAGAAGGGCGUAUCAGGGGUAAUUUGAUGGGAAAGCGUGUUGAUUUUUCAGCGCGGACAGUCAUAACGCCUGAUCCAACAAUUAACAUUGAUGAACUUGGAGUGCCUUGGAGUAUUGCGCUCAACUUAACAUAUCCAGAAACAGUCACCCCAUAUAACAUAGAGAGAUUGAAAGAGCUUGUAGAAUAUGGGCCUCAUCCCCCUCCUGGCAAAACUGGUGCCAAGUACAUUAUAAGGGAAGAUGGCCAGAGGCUGGAUCUCCGUUACUUGAAAAAGAGCGGUGAUCACCAUCUUGAGUUGGGAUACAAGGUGGAGAGGCACUUGAACGAUGGAGAUUUUGUGCUCUUUAACAGGCAACCCAGCUUGCACAAAAUGUCCAUUAUGGGUCAUAGAAUCAAAAUCAUGCCAUACUCGACUUUUCGCUUGAACCUGUCUGUGACUUCACCAUAUAAUGCUGAUUUCGAUGGAGAUGAAAUGAAUAUGCAUGUCCCUCAGUCAUUUGAAACGAGAGCAGAAGUGCUCGAGUUGAUGAUGGUUCCAAAAUGCAUAGUCUCCCCUCAAUCUAAUCGGCCAGUGAUGGGCAUUGUCCAAGAUACACUCUUGGGAUGUAGGAAGAUCACCAAAAGGGAUACCUUUAUCGAAAAGGAUGUCUUCAUGAACAUUCUAAUGUGGUGGGAGGAUUUUGAUGGGAAAAUACCUGCUCCAGCUAUUUUGAAGCCAAGACCUCUUUGGACUGGGAAGCAAGUAUUCAAUCUUAUCAUUCCCAAACAGAUUAAUCUGAUAAGGUACUCAGCAUGGCACUCAGAAUCAGAAUCGGGCUUUAUAACUCCUGGGGAUACCUGUGUUCGAAUAGAAAGAGGGGAGCUUCUUUCUGGAACUCUUUGCAAGAAGACUCUUGGGACAUCAUCUGGAAGUCUUAUUCAUGUUAUCUGGGAAGAGGUUGGACCAGAUGCAGCCCGUAAGUUUUUGGGGCAUACACAGUGGCUUGUUAACUACUGGCUUUUGCAGCAAGCGUUCAGUAUUGGUAUAGGGGAUACAAUUGCCGAUGCUGCAACCAUGGAGAAAAUCAAUGAAACCAUUUCCAAAGCUAAGAAUGAAGUCAAAGAACUCAUCAAAGCUGCACAAGAGAAACAGUUGGAGGCUGAACCUGGGCGAACUAUGAUGGAGUCAUUCGAGAACAGAGUCAACCAGGUGUUAAAUAAGGCUCGUGAUGAUGCUGGUAGCAGUGCCCAGAAGAGUUUAUCUGAGAGUAACAACCUGAAAGCUAUGGUCACAGCAGGUUCGAAAGGAAGUUUCAUCAACAUUUCACAGAUGACUGCUUGUGUGGGGCAGCAAAAUGUCGAGGGAAAGCGGAUCCCGUUUGGAUUCAAUGACCGCACACUACCCCAUUUUACAAAAGAUGAUUAUGGUCCUGAAAGUCGUGGCUUUGUGGAGAAUUCAUACCUUCGUGGUCUUACCCCCCAAGAGUUCUUUUUCCAUGCCAUGGGUGGUAGAGAAGGUCUAAUAGACACUGCUGUGAAAACUUCUGAGACUGGGUAUAUACAGAGGCGGCUUGUAAAGGCUAUGGAGGAUAUUAUGGUUAAAUAUGAUGGAACUGUGAGGAACUCCUUGGGAGAUGUCAUCCAAUUUCUUUAUGGGGAGGAUGGUAUGGAUGCUGUUUGGAUUGAGUCUCAGAAGCUUGAUUCAUUGAAAAUGAAGAGAGCUGAGUUUGAAAAUGUCUAUAAGUAUGAGAUUGACCAAGAGAACUGGAGCCCAAGCUAUAUGUUGCCUGAGCAUGUUGAAGAUUUGAAAACCAUCCGGGAGUUCCAAAAUGUGUUUGAUGCUGAAGUCCAGAAGCUAGAAGCUGACAGGCACCAGUUGGGCACUGAGAUCACCACUACUGGUGAUAACUCUUGGCCCAUGCCUGUGAAUCUCAAGAGGCUGAUUUGGAAUGCUCAGAAAAUGUUUAAGGUUGAUUUAAGAAGACCUUCUGAUAUGCACCCAAUGGAGAUUGUGGAAGCAGUUGAUAAGCUUCAGGAAAGACUUAAAGUUGUUCCAGGUGAUGACCUGAUGAGUAUAGAGGCUCAAAAGAAUGCUACACUCUUUUUCAACAUACUCCUUCGUAGUACUUUUGCUAGCAAGCGUGUAUUGAAAGAAUAUAGGCUCACUCGUGAAGCUUUUGAUUGGGUUAUUGGUGAGAUAGAGUCUAGAUUCUUGCAGUCUCUGGUGGCACCAGGUGAGAUGAUUGGUUGUGUCGCCGCUCAGUCCAUUGGUGAACCUGCUACGCAGAUGACCCUGAACACCUUUCACUAUGCUGGUGUGAGUGCAAAGAAUGUCACACUUGGUGUUCCGAGGUUGAGGGAAAUCAUAAAUGUCGCUAAGAAAAUUAAAACUCCAUCAUUAUCAGUUUACCUAAAGCAUGAAGUCAACAAAACCAAGGAGAAAGCCAAGAACGUUCAGUGUGCUUUAGAAUACACCACGCUUCGCAGUGUGACUGAGGCAACAGAAGUUUGGUAUGAUCCUGACCCCAUGAGCACUAUUAUUGAAGAGGAUGUUGAUUUCGUGAGGUCUUACUAUGAAAUGCCUGAUGAAGAGGUCGCCCCAGAGAAAAUCUCGCCUUGGUUGCUCCGUAUAGAAUUGAACCGAGAAAUGAUGGUGGAUAAGAAAUUGAGCAUGGCAGACAUUGCAGAGAAGAUUAAUCUCGAAUUUGAUGAUGAUUUAACCUGUAUCUUCAAUGAUGACAAUGCUGAAAAGCUCAUUCUACGAAUCCGCAUCAUGAAUGAUGAGGCCCCAAAAGGGGAGCUCCAAGAUGAGUCCUCUGAGGAUGAUGUCUUCCUCAAGAAGAUUGAGAGCAACAUGCUCACUGAAAUGGCACUCCGUGGCAUACCUGACAUUAACAAGGUGUUCAUCAAGUCCGGUAAAAUCAACAAAUUUGAUGAAAAUGAAGGGUUUAAGCCUGAGAUAGAGUGGAUGCUUGACACUGAAGGGGUCAAUCUCUUGGCUGUUAUGUGCAAUGAGGAAGUUGAUGCCACAAGGACCACAAGUAACCACUUGAUCGAAGUGAUUCAAGUUCUUGGAAUUGAGGCAGUGAGGAGAGCUCUAUUGGAUGAGCUUCGGGUUGUGAUAUCAUUUGAUGGGUCUUAUGUGAACUAUAGGCAUCUUGCCAUUCUUUGUGACACCAUGACAUAUCGUGGCCAUUUGAUGGCCAUAACCCGUCAUGGCAUUAACCGAAAUGAUACAGGCCCCAUGAUGAGAUGCUCAUUUGAAGAGACUGUGGAUAUCCUUUUGGAUGCUGCAGUAUAUGCAGAGGCUGACCAUUUGAGGGGUGUGACUGAAAAUAUCAUGCUUGGGCAGCUUGCUCCCAUUGGAACUGGAGAUUGCGCGUUGUAUCUGAACGAUCAGAUGCUUCAACAAGCCAUUGAACUCCAGCUUCCUAGCUACAUGGAAGGCAUGGAUUUUGGCAUGACGCCAUCUCGCUCACCCAUGACAGGGACCCCAUAUCAUGAAGGCAUGAUGUCACCUUAUCUUCUCAGUCCAAACAUGCGAUCCUCACCAAUAACUGAUGCCCAAUUCUCUCCUUAUGUGGGUGGUAUGGCAUUCUCACCAUCAUCAUCACCAGGAUAUAGCCCUUCAUCACCAGGCUACAGUCCAUCAUCUCCAGGAUAUAGUCCCACAUCUCCUGGCUAUAGCCCCACAUCUCCAGGGUAUAGCCCCACAUCCCCCGGUUACAGCCCAACCUCUCCGACGUAUAGCCCUAGCUCUCCUGGCUAUAGCCCAACUUCUCCUGCUUAUUCUCCCACAAGCCCAUCUUAUUCUCCCACUUCACCGAGUUAUAGCCCCACGUCACCAAGCUAUAGCCCCACAUCCCCUAGCUAUAGCCCCACCUCACCGAGCUAUAGUCCUACAUCUCCGGCCUAUAGUCCUACGUCUCCGGUUUAUAGCCCUACCUCUCCAGCCUAUAGCCCUACCUCGCCAGCCUACAGCCCAACUUCGCCUGCUUAUAGCCCAACCUCGCCUUCUUAUAGCCCAACUUCACCUUCCUAUAGCCCUACAUCACCUUCCUAUAGCCCAACCUCACCUUCCUAUAGCCCAACCUCACCUUCAUACAGUCCCACUUCACCUGCUUAUAGCCCCACUUCUCCUGGUUAUAGCCCUACAUCGCCAAGCUAUAGUCCGACCUCCCGAAGCUAUAGCCCAACUUCUCCGAGUUACAAUCCCCCUUCGGCGAAGUAUAGUCCCUCUCUUGUUUAUUCUCCAAGCAGUCCAAGAAUGUCUCCUUCCAGUCCUUACAGCCAAACAUCUCCAAACUACAGCCCAACUUCACCCUCAUAUUCACCAACAUCUCCAUCAUACUCCCCGCCAAGUCCAUCAUAUAGCCCUAGCAGCCCUCCUGAGUACAGCCCAAGUUCUCCAAAUUACAGUCCAAGUCAGGGUUACUCGCCAACGUCCCCUGGUUACUCUCCAUCAUCCACGAGCCAAUACACGCCUCAGUUCAGCAACCAGGAUGAUGGGAGCACUAGAUAAUGCCUAUGGGGGAGGAAACCUUGUUUCC